AUGUCUGAUUUAAGGGCGAUGAUAUCUAAGCUGAAGAGUUCCCAUGCCGAGAAGGAUUCUGAGCUUAGCUCUUCUGCUGCUGACUCGCUUUUGGCUAGACUUCGCACCUACCACAAGUCUAAUGAAAAAUCCAAGUUCGAAGCCAUCAUAGAUGCUUACAAGCUGGGUAACCUGCAUUGCACAAAUGGGACUACUCCCUUCUAUGUAAUUGAAGAUGGAGACAUCGAGACUUUCUGCCUUGACUUGUUCCCUGUGCAAAGUGAGUAUCUUGCCCCCUUUAGGAAACCGAUAGUGAAUUGGAUACCUUCCAUAGCAAAUUCAUGGGGCACCCUGCGUUUCUCGAAGGAUGCUACUUAUGGGUAA